GUUCCGGGGCGUUAUCCCGGCGUCCCGGCCAGCCUAUUUUCCAGGCGAGGAAAUAUUUAACCGCGGCGUCAGCGGGCAGGGCAGACGGGCGCAGGAAUGGAGGAAGGCGGGCAGCGGCCGGUCCCUGCUGUCCCUCGGGGCCAGCCCCAGGGUGACCAUCUCCAGCUCCUGCUGCGCCGCAGCCGGGAGGCCAAAAACUGYGCCUAUUGCCCCUACAGCCGCUUCCCGGUGGGAGCCGCGCUGCUCACCGCGGGCGGGGAGAUCUUCUCCGGGUGCAACGUGGAGAACGCCUGCCACAGCCUGGGGGUGUGCGCCGAGCGCACUGCCAUCCAGAAAGCCAUCUCCGAGGGGCACACCAGCUUCAAGGCCAUGGCCAUCGCCAGUGACAUGGGGGACCACUUCAUCACGCCCUGCGGCGCCUGCAGACAAGUGAUGAGAGAGUUUGGCACAGACUGGGAUGUCUACCUGACCAAAGCAGAUGGCACCUACAUUGUCAAGAGGCUGGAGGACCUGCUGCCACUCUCCUUUGGCCCUGAGGACCUGAAGAAGGUCUGAAGGGUGUUGCCACCACCAGCCUUUGCCCUCAGGCACAGGGGACAAUGGUUUUCCCCAAUUUCCUCAGCCUGUAAGCAACUUUUUGGGAACAAUGUGAUGGGAAAUGUGUUUAUACUGUUAAGGUGCCCGUUCCUCUGGCUYGUCUUCUGAUUCAGUGUUGAUUCACAGACUCUGGCUCCACCUUGCCCCGAAGAAACAGCAAAAGCAAAUCAUAUAAAUUCCCUGUUAUUAGUGAAAAAAAGCGUCCAGACAUCCCUGUAGGCAAGGGUGGAGUUAACAGACAGAGUUGAAGCAUGGCUYGAGUUUGGGCUUGGUACAGAAACCACUCCUGAAUAAUGCAAAAUCACRAAAACAUUGCUUAGGAAAGUCCUGGAUCCUUCAGCUCCAAAGAGAAGUGAAAUCAAAAAGGAAAAGUCCAUCAGCUCCAGAAGUAAUUAGUGAGCCAAUCCAGAUUAGGUGUAUUGCUGGAACAGGAUGGUUAUCACACUCAGUGUGUCCUUUGCUCAUUUCUCCCCAGCUUGUUUUCCUUACUUAUAUUCUGUUUGUGAAGUGAACAAGGAAUUUUUGAGGACUUCUGGAGGKUUUUGUGCCUCCAGGGUACUGCCAUUUGCUGAUCUUUAUAUUGAUUUAUAAUACAAUGAUAAAUGAAUUCAUUUCAUUUCCCAACCAGCGCUGGGUUGAGCACUUCUGCCAUGCCCAAAUGAAAUAAAAGCAGUUCUGGUUUACU